UCAUCUCGCUGAUAAGCUUAUGUGCAUUGCGCUAAUUUUUAACGUCUCCAAUACAUUGGCGCUUCUUCACUAGUUGCGCGGGGCCAAGGUCUCCAAUGUGUUAUUCAAAUCUCCUCUCCUCUCCGCUUCGGUAGUAGGAAACAGAGCAUCAAUAAGGGUGAAAAGGGUGAUUAACACAGUUGCUUGUUACCUCACUAUCUUUCAGCUGUCAGUUUUGUCACUGUCACACAUCUGUCACAUUUCUGUUUCUGCCUCUUCGCGUUCACGUCGUCCUCGUCUCGUCAUUUCUCAGUUUGAGUUUGAGAAUUGAGUGUUUUGUGAUUUAAACUAUUGGCUUUUUGAACAAAUACAAUGGGUAUCAAGGAAGCUAAUAUAUAUCUCGAUAAUCAACUGAACACUUAUUACGCUGGACAAACUGUUAAUGGCAGGAUUGAAUACGUGUUCGACAGUCCCAAAAAAGUUAGAGGCAUCCAUGUAAAAUUUAAAGGUGAGGCCCACACUGAAUGGUAUGAGAGCAAACAAGAAGAGAAUGCCCAAGGAAAAACAGAAUCAACUGACACUCUACACUCAGGGAGUGAAGAAUACUUCCAAAUUUCUUAUUACCUUCUUGGCAGCAACACAGGUAAUGAGAUAGAAAUCCCUGCAGGGAAGCAAGUGUACAGCUUCACUUGCACCCUGCCCCCUGUGCUUCCAUCAUCCUUUGAGGGGGAACAUGGGUACGUCAGAUACACUGUCAAAGUCACACUUGACCGACCAUGGAAGUUUGACCAGGAGACCAAGAUGGCAUUUACUGUCAUUAAUGCUUUGGACCUGAACCUCAAUCCGUCAUAUAGGGAACCAAUCCGCAUUCAAAUUGAAAAGACAUUCUGCUGUUUCUGCUGUGCAUCUCCCCCACUGUCUGUAGAUGUCCAAGCACCAGUCUCUGGAUACUGCCCUGGACAAGUCAUACCGAUACAGGUUGAUGUUGAAAAUAAGAGUAAUGUGCAACUACAUUUAGUGAAGAUAUUUUUAAGAAAGGUGGUGACAUAUCGCGCAACAUCGCCGUCAACUGCUACAAAAAAGGUUAAAAACGUUGUCUUGAUGGUGCAAGAAGGCCCAGCUCCUGCUGGAACCACAAAACAUUGGGACUUGAAGCUUGAAAUUCCUCCCAUUCCACCCUCGAAUCUCGUCAAUUGUAACAUCAUUGAUCUGGACUAUGAUUUUAAGGUUGAAUGUGUCGUGCCAAAAAUGCAUUUGAACAUGCGCGACAAGAAGUACAUAACUAUCGGUACGGUGCCUCUGGUAGGCGUGGGGCAGGCCGCGCCGGUCCCCGGCGACAGCGCCCAAUACUCCCCGAGCCAGCCUGCCGUGCUACCGGUUGACCCUGGACAACCUGCUCAGCCCACGGCUCCGUCUGCUCCAAGUGGCGAUCCUUCGCCAGGAUGGGUGAUGCCUGGAACGGUGCCUGCGCAGCCGCCUUACCAGUCGCUGUAUCCUACACUUUCUCAACCUGUGUAUAAGGAGUCGGCAUACUCAGCCCGUACGAUUCAAGAUAAGGGUGAUAAUAACUACACAGCUAUUACUGGCCCAAAUAACUUUGCUCCUUACUACCCUACAUAUGCAGCUGUACAACCACCCCCUCUACCUCAGUAAAUAACAGUAUUUCGUGUAUUUUCGACCUUUUGGCAUUUUAUAUUACUAUUUGAUACUAACAGCUAUGUAUAAUUGUAUGAUAUUAAAAAUAGCACAAGGCGGGUUGUGGCAAAUUGAUAUUUUGAUAUUAUUAUUUGCCUUUUAUGAAUGGCGUGUCGAACAAAAAUUGUGAAUCUCUAAAUUCAAUCUGUAAUAGUGAUCUAGCAUUUUAUACCGACCUUUAUUUAUACUAAUAUUUUUAGUUAAGAGAAAUAAUAUUUGCUGUUAUAUUUAAAUUCAGAUGCUAUUAUGACUCAGACUUAUUAUGCAUAUUAUGUAAUUAAUAAUUUAAGGACCGAAGCUAAAGAAAAUGUUAUUACACAUUUUAUUUGUAUAUUAACUUAGUGAAUAAGGAAAAUAUUUAGAUGGAAAUAAUCAAAAUUAUUAUGACAA